AUUGGCUUGAGAGCUGCCUGAAGGAUAGCACCAACAGCCAAUGGAAGGCCGCUAUUCCCAGGCGGCCACGUCGUAAGAGCCAAUCAGGCCCUCAUUUGGGCUUAACUCUUUAAAGGUGGGUUCGCGCCCCCUGAGAAAGUAGUUGGUAGUAAACGUGCCACGUCUUCUAAGAAGGGGGGAGUCCUAAACUUGCCUGAAGCCGUUGUCCCUAAGCCUUGAACUACGUUCUUAAAUCUAUGAAGUUGAGGGCGCUUUCGCUGCUUUUGUAGGGACUUCUUUCCUGCUUCAGCAACAUGAGACUUUUCUUGUGCAACGCAGUCUUGAUGCUGUUCGUCACUUCUUUGAUUGGGGCUCUGAUCCCUGAACCAGAAGUGAAAAUUGAAGUUCUCCAGAAGCCAUUCAUCUGCCAUCGCAAGACCAAAGGAGGGGAUUUGAUGUUGGUGCACUAUGAAGGCUACUUAGAAAAGGACGGCUCCUUAUUUCACUCCACUCACAAACAUAACAAUGGUCAACCCAUUUGGUUUACCCUGGGCAUCCUGGAGGCUCUCAAAGGUUGGGACCAGGGCUUGAAAGGAAUGUGUGUAGGAGAGAAGAGAAAGCUCAUCAUUCCUCCUGCUCUGGGCUAUGGAAAAGAAGGAAAAGGUAAAAUUCCCCCAGAAAGUACACUGGUAUUUAAUAUUGAUCUCCUGGAGAUUCGAAAUGGACCAAGAUCUCAUGAAUCAUUCCAAGAAAUGGAUCUUAAUGAUGACUGGAAACUCUCUAAAGAUGAGGUUAAAGCAUAUUUAAAGAAGGAGUUUGAAAAACAUGGUGCGGUGGUGAAUGAAAGUCAUCAUGAUGCUUUGGUGGAGGAUAUUUUUGAUAAAGAAGAUGAAGACAAAGAUGGCUUUAUAUCUGCCAGAGAAUUUACAUAUAAACACGAUGAGUUAUAGAGAUACAUCUACCCAUUUAAUAUAGCACUCAUCUUUCAAGAGAGGGCAGUCAUCUUUAAAGAACAUUUUAUUUUUAAACAAUGUUCUUUCUUGCUUUGCUUUUUAUUUUUAUAUAUUUUUUCUGACCCCUAUUUAAAGAACCCCUUAGGGUUUCUAAGUACCCAUUUCUUUCUGGUAAGUUAUUGGGAAGAAAAAGCUAAUUUGUCUUUGAAUAGAAGACUUCUGGACAAUUUUUCACUUUCACAGAUACGAAGCUUUGUUUUACUUUCUUAUUUGUAAAUUUAAAAUGUUGCAACUGGGAACAUACCACGACAGGAGACGAGGUUAUAACACAAAUUAGCACCCUAUAUUUCUGCUUCCCUCUAUUUUCUCCAAAUUAGAGGUCAACAUUUGAAAAGCCUUUUGCAAUAGCCCAAGGCUUGCUAUUUUCAUGUUAUAAUGAAAUAGUUUAUCUGUAACUGGUUCUGAGUCUCUGCUUGAGGACCAGAGGAAAAUGGUUGUUGGACUUGACUUGUUAACAGCUACUACUUUACUAAGGAGAUGUGCAAUGCUGAAGUUAGAAACAAGGUUAAUAGCCAGGCACAAUGGCUCACACCUGUAAUCCCAGCACUUUGGGAGGCUGAGGCAGGCGGAUCACCCAAGGUCGGGAGUUUGAGACCAGCUUGACCAACAUGGAGAAACCCCGUCUCUACUAAAAAUACAAAAUUAGCCGGGCAUGGUGAUGCGUGCCUGUAAUGCCAGCUACUCAGGAAGGCUGAGGCAGCAGAAUGACGUGAACCCGGAGGCGGAGGUUGCGGUGAGACGAGAUCAUGCCAUUGCACUCCAGCCUGGACACUCUGUCUCAAAAAAAAAAGAAAACACGGUUAAUAACAUAAAUAUGUAUGCAUUGAGACAUGCUACCUAGGACUUAAGCUGAUGAAGCUUGGCUCCUAGUGAUUGGUGGCCUAUUAUGAUAAAUAGGACAAAUCAUUUAUGUGUUAGUUUCUUUGUAAUAAAAUUUAUCAAUGUUAUAGAUGAGGUAGAAAGUUAUAUUUAUAUUCAAUGUUUACUUCUUAAGGCUAGCGGAAUAUCCUUCCAGGUUCUUUAAUGGGUAGUCUAUAGUAUAUUAUACUACAAUAACAUUGUAUCGUAAGAUAAAGUAGUAAACCACUCUACAUUUUCCCAUUUCUGUCUUAUCAAAAACUGAAGUGGGCUGGGCGUGGUGGCUCAUGCCUGUAAUCCCAGCACUUUGGGAGGCCAAGGAGGGUGGAUCUCUUGAGGUCAGGAGUUCGAGACCAGCCUGGCCAACGUGGUGAAACCCCGUCUCUACUAAAAAUACAAAAAUUAGCCAGGCGUGGUGGUGCACACCUGUAGUCCCAGGUACUCGGGAGGCUGAGACGAGAGAUUUGCUUGAACCAGGGAGGUGGAGGUUGCAGUGAGCCAAGAUUGUGCCACUGUACUCCAGCCCGGGUGACAGAGCAAGACUCCAUCUCAAAAAAAAAAAAAAAAAUGAAGCGGGCCUACAGCAGCUACUAUUGAAUAAAUACCUAUCCUGGACUUAAAAAUUUUUUUAAAAAUUAUAAUUUUAUUUUAAAUUGACUUAUCUUUAAUUUUUUUUAAAGUUAUCAAAUCUUCAUUUUCUAAGAAUAGCCCUUUAUAGUGUACAAAAUGAUAUUAAGUGCAUUAUUAUCUUUGAUUUUCAUGGCUCUGAGUCAUAAAACAAGCUGGUGGAUCUCACUGUACCUAAUUUAUAGAUGAGGAAAUUGUCAUCCAAAAAGAUGGAUUGGUAUGCCCAGGGUUAGCAUUAACCUGUAGAACCAGUAUUUAGUCCCCAAGUUCAGUGUCUUCUACUGCCCUCUACUAAUGAAAAAGUGAAAUUUUUCCUUGCGCCUAAUUCUCUCUUUAGUUUGCUAUUCCGUUGUUUAUCUCUGAGUCUUCAUUCUCUGAAGAUGGCUUUCUGCCUGUUUCUGGUACAUUAGAAUUCUCACUAUAUCGAAAUGGCUCCAGAUUCAUAGCAUAAUCUCGCAGUUAGCUCUGAAUUGCCUCAAAAAUCCUGAACAACGUGAGGUUCCAGAUGUGUUUUACUUCUUUCAUUCCUAUUUACCCCCAUUUGUUGUUUAAAAAGAAUUAUGAACAAUUAUUACAUCAUAUGUAGACCACUUUCACUGAUUAUAUAUUGACAUUUUCCUCAGUAAAACAUAAAGUUCUUAACAAGA